UCUCAUCUUCUCCAUUACAUUUCUCUCUCUCUCUCUCUCUCUCUAGGGUUUUAAUUAGGGCUUUUCAAGUCUUAACCAACUGGGUUUUCUCUCUCCAAGCUUAUUCACUCCAAUGUUUUCUUGCUUCCAUUAAAUACAACUCCUUUUCCUUCAAUAGUAGGGUUUUUCAUCUGGGCUUCAUCAAACAUCUUUGUGGGUCACCACCAUACCAAGGUUUUUGUGGGUUUUACUGUUUUUAUUAGAUCAUUCUAGUUCUGCUAAUUACUUCUUCUAUUGGCUGCCAUGGAAAAUUAGGGAAAGGCAUGUUUAUUGCUGGUUUAGUGUUGGUGUCUUCUUAGUAUUUCUGGGUUUAUUUCCUUUUUUCUUUUGGAGGAUAGAAUUAUCUCAUUUCCAGUCUCCCUGAGCAGUGGGGUUUCUUGCAGUUGUUGUAAGCUUUGGUUGAAAAGGCUUUGCUUCCAAAGGGUUGUUUGAUCAUUUUAGCUUUUUGCCACUUUUUCAGUCAAAUUUACUUGCUUUUAAAAGCAUCCAAUAUAGAUUAGUUUUAUUUUCUUCUUUCUUCCUUCUUGGCCGGCUUCAAACUCUUCCCCACUUCAACUUUGUUUCUCUUUAACUAACUCCUACCAGAGCCUGCCUCAUUCAUUCACUCUUAUAUAUCCAUCCAUGGCUCCAUCUGCAAGAACAAGAGCGAAGACAAAAACAACAACAAAGGCAAGAAGAACCAAUUUCAAGAAGAAGCCCGUCAACCAAAAGGGUAAGCAAGAAAUUACUCCUUCGAAUUCGCCUUCGAAUUCCUCCUCCGUGGUCUGCGAUGAUUCUCCAAAGAUCGAAGGCGGCGCAGAAGAUGUGGAGGGUCCUGAUGAUGUCUCUACAAGCGCUUGCUCCACACCAAAAGGUCAGAGAUUUCGGAUACCGGAGAUUGUGACAUGUCCACCGGCGCCCAAGAAGCAAAGAGUGAUAUCAAACUGCUUGUUUCGGAGAUCUCCCAUCGCUUUCUUUGCUCCCCCGGACUUGGAGCUCUUCUUCUACUUUGCAAAUGGCGGUAUUUCAGUUUAAAACUAUGAGUUUCAUGAUGAUGAAGUAUAAAAAUAAUAAUUUCAUCAGUUUAAGAGAUGCUUAAUCUUUUACCAAAUAUAUUACUUUUAGUUUAGCAAGUUUCUUCAUAUCAUCUGAAGACAGUGUGGGAUGAGAUUAUUUUGAGUUGGGUUGUUUAAGAAAGCAAUUAUUGGGUUUGCUUUCCUUUCCUUUCCUUUCCUUUGCCAACUAUCUAAGUUGGGUUUUCAAUUUUCUAGGGUUAUACUAAUCAGUAAUUAAAUUAGCUGGGGCUGUCCAACUAAUUAAAUUUUAGCCUUUUUGUUUUAAAUGUAAGCUGACCAUUUGGAGUUUGGUGAGUGCAAAAUGUAAUGGGUGGGUUUGAGGUUUGAGGUUUGAGUGUGGUUUUAGCUUGCAACCAAUCAUCUCAAGGCUUUGGUUUGUUAAGUCAACUUAAAGGAGAAGCAUAGAGACUUCUUUUGUGUGUAAACUCCUCUUUUCAAUUUAUUGAAGAUUGAAAGUUCA